AGCAAGGGUACUGAAAACGGGCAGCCAAGUGGAACCCACCGGCAUACCGGAGUGUUUAUAAGAAGCCCGCCAUGGUUUAGGCAAGCCUUCACUUAUCGAUCGCCUUACGCACGAUAAAGAUGUUCGACGCAUCGACACAACGCCGCGUGGUUAUUGCACUUGCAGGAGUGGCGUGUUUUUCCGCGAUUAGCGCGUCGGCCGGGCCGGACAACGAGUUUCCCGAAUACACCAAAUACUUACCGUCUCCUUUGGUUUGCAUCGCGGACGGUUGCAUCAUCGGAGCGGAGCGGGACGGAUUAGACGGGGGCCAGUAUGAGGCGUUCUUUGGUAUACCGUAUGCCCGACCUCCCGUCGAGAAAUUGAGGUUCAGAGAUCCCGUUCCGGUUGAGCCCUGGAAAGGAUACUACGAUGCGACGUACGAGCGGAGCAAGUGUGUCCAGAAGAACGACGCCCGGCCGCAUUCGUUGGUAGAUGGCAGCGAGGACUGUUUGUACCUGAAUUUGUAUCGACCAAAGUACUACAUCCAUCAUCUUCCGGUGAUCGUCUACAUACACGGAGGUCGUUAUGCUUCCGGUUCUGCCUUCAACCGCGAGCUUGGACCAGAACGGCUGAUGGAUUCGAAGAAGGUGAUCGUCAUUGUGCUUCAGUAUCGCCUCGGCGUUUUCGGUUUUCUAUCCACCGACGAUAGUGCAUCCCCGGGGAACUAUGGCCUGAAGGAUCAGAGUAUGGCCCUUCGGUGGGCUCAGAAAAACGUGGAAGCAUUCGGGGGAGAUCCAAAACGUGUCACUUUGAUUGGUCAUGAAGCCGGAGGUGCAUCAGUCCAGAUGCACAUGAUGUCUCAACUGAGCAGAGGCGCAUUCUCGAAGGCGAUUUGUAUGAGUGGAAGUGCGUUAUCUUUCUGGAAUUACAACAUCGAUCAGUUGAAAGUCGCUCGACGACAAGCGGCCCUGAUCGGCAUUCCUGGAGCUUACAAAAUAUCCACCGACAAGCUGGUGGAAGCACUGCGGUGGGUAGACGCUUACACACUAGGCAAAAGCAUAGAUCUAUUGAAGUACUUUUACGUUCAUCCGACGAGUUUAUAUCAACCGGUAGCAGAGCGGUACGUGACGAACGGAACAUUCUUGAGCGAUGAGCCCCGUACUCUGUGGGCUGCGGGUAAAUACGAGCGAAUACCGUGGAUUGCUGGCAUUCUUCCGAAUGAUGGUGCCGCUGACUCACUUGGAAUUAUCACAAACACAACGCUGUUGAAUCAUCUCAAUAAGCGAUCGAGGAAAUUCAUACCUCGAUUAGCUGGAGGCGACACAAAUGCCAGGUCAGUACAAAUGCUGAAAGAUCGAUUCUUUCCCAAUGGAACCCAAGAGCAGUGGCUAAAUGGGGGUAAUUUCCUCCGGCUGCAGCAACUUAUCACAGAAUCAUCCACGAUUUAUCCCAUCGCUUUGAGUGUCAAGCAGCACCUGGCACUGAAAACCUCCAAGAGAGCGCCCAUCAGUAUCUACUACUUCAACUUCAAGGGCAAUUUCUCCCAGUCUUCCGUUUACAGUUAUACGACACAAGAUUUUGGAGUUUGUCACGCUGAUGAGCUGUUGUAUCUGUUUAGAAAUAGUGACUUAGUGCCGGAUUAUCCCAUUAGUUCGCCAGAAUGGAUCAUGGCGAAGGGCAUGGUCGAUUACUUUGUCAAAUUUGUUUAUGAGGGAAUUACUGGUCCACAAUGUAAGCGUAAUGACUGCCAGCUGCUGGAGUUCACCAAUUCGCUAAACCCGAAGACACCGGUCGAGCUAAAUCUGGUCAACGGUUUUGACGAAACCAUGUUCCAGUUCUGGAAAGAAUUCUAUCAGCUGCAGGGUAUCUGAGUGUUGUAUCUUCGGAUAAG